AUAAUCGAGAUACAUGCUGUUGAGCAAAUAUGGUGUAAAGGAUAUGAGGAAAUGCCCUAUCCCCUAACAAAUGGCUUACGAAACAUACGUGACUUGAUUACAACCUGUAAAUGGCACUAACUCAAUACGAAACCAUUACUUUAACUUGAUUACUGUAAACAUAAAGACAUCAGUCUAAAACACUGGCUUAAAACAAAAUUAAAAAAGUGACGUUCCAUUUUCGAAUCCAUUAGCGAUUAAAUGUGCGCGACCUAUUUUUUUUUAAACGAAGGAACUCGAUCGUUAUGCCAAACAUGAAUACGAAAAACCUUUUUGGUGAUUGCGGGUGUGUUUUUAUUAGUGUAAUUGCUUGUUUAGUGAUAAGUGGUGCGAAUGGGUGUUAUUACACAGGGUGGGGGCUGCUGGCGAACGACUGGUGCCCCGACCUGUGCCCCGUGUUAGACAAAAUUGGGUCGGAGUUUACGGAUUUGUUUAAAACUCAUUCUAUGAACGAACAAGGCCCAAUCACCUCCGAAAUGGUUGCCGAAUCCCUCCGCUGCGGCCGCGAACUCUCCCGCGCCUCAGCCCGCCGGGGCAACGAGUUAGUCAAGAACGGUAUAACCCUGGAAGCCUGCACGCCCUCGAUGCUGCAUUUCUUCACGGGCAAGCAGAACGCGGAGACGAAGGCUGCUGCUGAAUUGUCCCAUGAGAUCCUGACGGCUACCAAGUUGCUGCAGCUUAAAGUUUGCUCUUCCUCCAACGUCACCCCAAACACCUUCAUGGCCUUCCUGGAGCACCAAGUGAUCAGGAUCCACGACCCGCGCUACUGCAAGCCGGUCAAACUUAGCUGCACAGAUUCGAAAUACAGGACCAUAGACGGCACCUGCAACAACCUCAUGCGGCCAUAUUGGGGCAAGAAAGCUUCUCCAUUCACGAGGGUGGCCCCUCCGCGAUAUGCUGAUGGUAUCUACGCAAUGCCGGUGGCCAAGAGCGGCGCUCAACUGCCAAGUCCUCGGGUGUUGUCCACUCGGCUGUUCGCGGACUACGCGGUCAACAGUCGCGUGUUUUCCUUCAUGAAUAUGCAGUGGGGGCAGUUCAUUACGCAUGACUUGCUGAUACAUAGCUUGGAGAUGACUGACGAAGGCGGCAUCCAAUGCUGCGUCGGCGACGGCGUCGACGUGUUGUCCCCCGACUUGCAGAACGACAAGUGCAUACCCAUCUGCGUGCCUGACGACGACCCCUUCUACAGAAAUUAUGGGAUCCGGUGUCUCAACUUCGUGAGGAGUGUCACGACACCACGAGAGGACUGCAGGCUGGGACCUGCGGAGCAACUAAACGGUGCGACCAGUUUCUUAGAUGGCUCUCAAGUCUACGGUUCAGAUCCAGUUUUAGCCAAGAAGCUGCGCACCAUGAGUGGAGGGAGGCUGAAGGAGGAAAAAAGGCCGUACAACAAAAGAGGCUUCCCGCCUUCGGUGGAUAAGAAGAUGGAGGUCUGUGACUUGAGGAACUCUUCCGAGCCUUGUUACAUGGCUGGUGACGGCAGGAUUAACCAGACCCCAACGCUCGCCAUGAUGCACACGAUAUUGAUACGCGAACACAAUCGCAUCGCCGACAUUCUGGGCUCCCUGAACCCCAUGUGGAGCGACGAGAAGAUCUACCAGGAGGCCAGGAGGAUAGUCAUCGCUGAGCUCGAACAUAUCACUUAUCAGGAGUGGCUGCCGUUAAAUUUUGGUGAAAACUAUUUCCGCUACUACCGGAUAUCACCGUCCAGCCUGUACAGCCGCGACUACAGCGACGCCGUGCAUCCGGGGUGCAUUAACAGCUUCGGGGCGGCCGCCUUCCGGUUCCUGCACUCUAUGGUGCCGGAGUCGUUUAUGACGUGUCCGGCCAGCUAUCAGACUGGUUAUGCUUACAAGAUCAGCGACCACUUCCAAAACCCAGCCCUGCUAGAGAUCUCCUUCGACGACCUAAUGCGCGGAGCCCUAGCAUAUGCAUCCUCGGAGUCGGACCCCUACGUGACCGGGGAGCUGACCAACAAGCUGUUCAAGUCCUGUAACAGCUGGGGCAUGGACCUCAUCGCCAUGGACAUACAGAGGGGCCGGGAUCAUGGGCUGGCGAGCUAUAACGACUUCAGAGAGGUCUGCGGGUUAAGAAGAGCCAGGAACUUCCAAGAUUUUGCUGGAGAAAUGUCCCAAGACCGCAUCAAUGCCCUUGCUUCGUUAUACGAAUGCGUAGACGACGUAGACCUGUUCGUUGGAGGAAUAAUGGAGAAGGACGUCCAGGGUUCGAUUCUCGGGCACACCUUCCAGUGUAUUGUCGCCGAGCAGUUUUAUCGGACCCGGAUUGGCGACAGAUACUUUUAUGAUAACAGCGAACAGCCCUAUCCCUUUACGACUGAGCAAUUAUCAGAAAUAAAGAAAUCAUCCAUGGCGCGUCUGAUCUGCGACAACACGGAUCUAACGUACGUGCAGCGUUCACCGUUCGAAAUCGAGUCCAUUUACAAUCCGAAAUACAGCUGCCAGGACUAUUCGGCGAUCCCCUACGUCAAUUUGGCGGCGUGGAAAAGACCUAAUUGCUUUGACUGUGAUUGAUUAAACUACAAAAUGC